AGCCAGUUGCCAGUGUUGGUGCAGAAUACCUGCAUAGAACAGCUUUAAAGCGAUUAAGGAAUUAUCUUGGUAUAUCUGACGGAGAAAAAGCAAGCCUGAUUGAUGUGCUUUGCUCUGGUACUCCACGGCAAUUUGCAAGAGCUCUGAUGUCAUCAUCAUUAGCAGAAGAAAUAAAGGCUCUCCUGAUUUUUGACAUAGAAAUGGACGCACGGGAAUGUUGCUCAAAAAAUAGUAUCCUGAGUCAUAAGCAGUACAAAGAUCUGAAAGAGUUCAAAUGGUCAGAUAUUUUCAAUGAGCUUGUAACAAGACAAUCCACAUUGGCUGAAGUGCUGUUAGCAGCGGCUUUGCCUACUGGCAAAAUUGGCUGUAGAAACCCUACAGAAGCCCUCUGUCCAGUGGUAGCAACUGUCUAUGGAAUGCUAAUGAAGCAGCGGUCUGGUCAGUUGAGUGCAGUUCAGAAGUUUAUUACGGCCAGCCUUGCAAAUGAGCAGACACAUCAAAUAUUUGAUACAAGUUUCCAGUUAAAGAUUUGGAUCCUAAUUACCUUUCAUCACCUGUCACACAGUUAACAAUCCUUUUGGUUAAAAUCUCAAUGGCACAUGUGUGGUACUGUUUCCAUGUGCCAUAAGAUAUUUCCAUUUAGGUGUAUGAUCGUCUGCAGAAAGUAGGUGUCAGUCUAAGCCAUAAUGGAAUGCUACAGUUUAUGACGGGUGUAUCUGGCAGCUUCAAUUCUGAGCUUAUCGACAGUGUGAAGGAUGGGAAAAGAUUUAGGAUCAUUGGUGAUAACAUCAACUUUCACACUGGUGUUGCACAGGCAAGAAAAAAUGUUGGUAAAUCAGGACACAUGGAACAUUGGUUUGGAUCAGCAGCAUUAAUUCAAAAUGUGGAAUUCCCAUCAUUGUCAGAUAUUGCUCCCCAGCGUGAUUUGCUCCAACUGCCAUGUAAUACUUUUCUGCUGUCUCAGUCAGAUUUGAACGAAGAAGUGUAUUACAUGUCAUACCUUGCUGCGCCUAUUAUGGUGGAGCAUUUUCCGUGGUUGCAGUUUGCUAAGGCUGCAAUGAAUGAAGUAGAGGACAAAAUUCCUGGUAUGAAUGUGCGAAAUAAAGUGAUACCUCUGCCUAUAUUGCACAAAAAUGAGCAAAAGUAUGCAGAUGUCAUUGACAUUCUGGAUUCAUACCAGAAACUUUGUGACUCAACAUUUGAAAAAGCUGAAAUAGAACCGCAGAAGGUCCAUAUAGGUGGUGAUCAGCUCACCCGUGAGAGAUUUUCUGGUGCUAGGCGCCUCCGAGCAGCAGCCUUUACUGAAACUGAGCGGUUGGAAAGACUUAAUCCAAUAACAUUUGAAUUAUUCCAUUUACAGAUGACUGUAUUGAAUACUUUUUACCAAAUUUUAUGUAGUACGCAAAGCACAGAGUCAUUUACAUUAUAUAGCCAAAAGGUCAGACUUUUGCGAAAAGAAGCAGAUGGAAAUGAUGUUAAAAACCAUUAUGAUAGCUGCAAAGAUCUUGCAGAAUCAGUGAUAAAAGCCUAUGUGAUUGAGGCAGCUUGUGAGCAUAUAGGACUGCCAGAUACAGACAUUGUUCCUGAAAAUAUUCCAGACACUGCCCAAAUGUCAUCUGAAGAGAUCAGAAGUUGGUUAGUUGGUCAAGUAUCCCCUAUCAUACAAAAGGUUACCAAAUCAACUAGAAAUGUUCUAAAUGGCACAUAUGUUCAAGAAGAAAAUCCAGAUCCUGUGUACAGUUAUGGAAACAUUGUGCUUGAGUUAGGAUUAAUUUUCAUGAACCUUUGUAACAUUGUAAAAAACCCAAACAGAGACCGGUUGCUGAAUGUUAUGAAAUAUCUAAAGAUGAUGUUGAAGGGUCACAACAAUAGGUCAAAGUAUGCUCUUGAUAUACUUAGGUUGCUAUGUCAUCAGUUUGCACUGCUGAGUGAAAGAACUGCGCACGAGACACUUAAUGGUCUUUUCGUAAAUACGGGAAAAUCAAUAAUUCCAGCAGACUUACAAAUGGAAUACUUAGUGAGGCUUACAAAAGGUCGCUUACGGUCUAUGUGCUCAAACGUAACAGAACAAUCCUUAGUUAAACGGAGUAGUUCCUUUUAUGGUAUGAAUGAAAUAUCCGACCAUUUUGACAAAGAAACUUCUACAGUCACGCGAGCACAAAAACAUAAGAGGUUGUCAUCCUUUGAAGAUGAAAAUAAAAUAAUAAAAAAUCUUAGGAAAAUUAGACCCUUUCUGAAAACUCCAGGUCGUCAAGUUGAAUCGAUGGAAAAAGCCCCCAAAAAUUCCAAUCACCAAAUUAAAUUUGGAUGAUUUCAUCAAGUGGA